AUGACUUCGCCCCCGAUAAAGCAGUUGUUCAACGUGGUGUUCGGACGCGACAGAUUUGGACGGCUGAAGCAGGAUAAUUGGCACACUGAACCACCACUUUAUGGUGCAUCUGCCGUCGUCGAAGAAAAGGACCAGGACAAGGAUCAGUUGCCAUAUACCAACGUUUUGGCAGAAGAAUGUGAGGCGGCAAAGGAGAGUUUCAACGGUGAAGAGGAAGACGGCAUCCAGAGCAAGGCGAUAGAAUUGGAAGAAACCAAACAGCCAAAGUUGACUCCGACAAGUUUGUCGAAAUUUGAGAAGGUUGUGGAUUCUAUGAGUGAGGUGACAGAGGAGCAAGAUUGGGAGAUACAAGACUAUUUGGAGAAGGCUCAGGCAGCGACUGGUCAUGCCGAAACUGUUACAAUUCAACUGGAAUCUUCGAGGAGAAGUCUUGUACGCAAGAAAGCAAAAACGUCCAGUACAACUGCUCUCAGCACGUCGAUGGGAAACGUUUCACUUGCGAAGAAAGGUUAUACGUGUCGUACAAAAAUUGACGGUCACGAAUAA